GUCUUCUGGCAGGGUCUCAUACCUCAACUGGACGUCAGAGAUUGAAGUAGUUCUCCGGAAAUUUCUUCAACUCACCCUCCAACCGUAGUUGACUACACACACAGUCCUGCUAACAAGAUGUCUUCCUGGAACAAUCCGACCGACCUGGAAGAAUACUCCCUUCCCUCCACCAAUCCUUAUGGGAACUACACGGUGGUGGACACUGUACCAAAAGAGAUCCUCCACAUGGUGGAUGCUCACUGGUACCAGUUUCCCCCCAUGAAUCCCCUCUGGUAUGGACUGCUCAUGUUAUUCAUGAUCGUUAUGGGCUUCCUUUCGGUGGCUGGUAACUUCGUCGUCAUCUGGGUGUUCAUGAAUACCAAAUCUCUCCGCUCUCCUGCCAACCUUCUUGUCGUUAACCUGGCCUUCUCUGACUUUUUGAUGAUGUUCCUCAUGUUCCCACCCAUGGUUAUCACAUGCUACUGGCGCACAUGGGUACUUGGCGCCUUCUUCUGCGAAUUAUACGCUUUCUUUGGUUCCCUGUUCGGCUGUGUGUCCAUCUGGAGCAUGGUGUGGAUCACCUUGGAUCGUUACAAUGUCAUUGUCAAGGGCGUCUCUGCUGAGCCUCUCUCCUCCAAGGGAGCUUUACUGAGAAUCGCAGGAACUUGGAUUUUGACUCUCGGCUGGUGCCUGCCCCCCUUCUUCGGCUGGAACCGUUACGUACCUGAGGGUAACAUGACUGCCUGUGGUACUGACUAUCUUAACGAGACUGCCUUGUCCCGCAGCUAUCUGUAUGUGUACUCUGUCUUUGUAUACUUCAUUCCUCUCUUCGUCACUAUCUACUCCUAUUUCUUCAUAGUCAAGGCUGUUGCCUCCCACGAGAAAACCAUGCGUGACCAGGCCAAGAAGAUGGGCGUCAAGUCCUUGAGGAAUGAAGAAUCCCAGAAGACUUCUGCUGAGUGCCGCCUGGCCAAGGUUGCCAUGAUGACAGUGACCCUCUGGUUCAUUGCAUGGACCCCCUACCUUGCCAUCAACUGGGCUGGCAUGCUCAACAAGUCCAUUGUUACUCCUAUCUUCUCCAUCUGGGGCUCCGUAUUCGCCAAGGCUAACGCCGUGUACAACCCCAUCGUGUACGCCAUCAGCCACCCCAAGUACCGCACUGCCCUCGAGAAGAAGCUGCCAUGCCUUGCUUGCAACGGUGACAAUGAUAAUGUAAGCGAAACUGCCUCUACCAGCACCACUGCUGCGGCGGAAAAAACCGAAAAUGCUUAGACUCACAGGUAAUGAACCCGGACUCUCAACUGACCUACAGUCGUUUACGGAAUAUGAAUUAUGACCCAUCCUAACAAUCUUUGAAAUGAUUCCCUGUACACCAGAAUUUUCUCUUAAUUUCCAAUAAACCCAGCACCUUAA